UGGGAAUGGUCACCACAAGAGGUCGCCACCUAUCUCGGGUUCCACUCUCAGAACAGUCAGCCGCGUCGAGCACAGUGGUCGUGGAAGUCGGGCAGAGAUGGCGUCGCUUCUCCAGCCAGAUAGAGUCGUCUAUCUGGUUCGCGGAGAGAAAAAGAUCCGGGCUCCUCUUUCCCAGCUCUAUUUCUGCCGGUAUUGUACCGAGCUACGAUCCCUAGAAUGUGUGUCUCACGAGGUGGACUCCCAUUAUUGCCCAAGCUGCUUGGAAAAUAUGCCAUCUGCUGAAGCUAAACUGAAAAAGAACAGGUGUGCCAACUGUUUUGACUGCCCAUGUUGCAUGCACACACUUUCGACUCGAGCCACUAACAUCCCGGCUCCUCUGCCUGAUGAUCCCACCAAGACUGCUAUGAAAAAGGCAUACUACCUGGCCUGUGGCUUCUGCCGUUGGACCUCCAGGGAUGUAGGAAUGGCUGACAAAUCAGUGGCCAGCGGUGGGUGGCAGGAGCCUGAAAACUGUCAUAAUCAGCGGAUCAACAAGCUGGUUGAGUAUUACCAGCAGCUGGCUCAUCGAGAGAAGCAGGAGCGAGACAGGAAGAAGCUGGCCAGGAGACGACAGUGCAUGCCUCUGGCUUUCUCGCAACACACUAUCCAUGUGGUGGAAAAGUAUGGCCUCGGAACACGACUGCAGCGGCAGAGGCCUGGAGCACCCAUUUCAACUCUGGCUGGUCUUUCCCUCAAAGAGGGAGAGGACCAGCGGGAGAUAACCAUUGAGCCUGCCCAGGCUCUUGAUGAGGUGGAGCCGCUUCCUGAAGAUUGCUACACCAGGCCCAUCUGUUUGCCUGAGGUGACCAGGCUGCGCCAGCGACUCCUGCAACCUGACAUCCAGCCUGCAGGAGCCUCGCAGCUGCACCCGCGGCACAAACAUCUCCUGAUGAAACGCUCGCUUCGCUGCAGGAAAUGUGAGCACAACCUGAGCAAACCCGAAUUCAAUCCGACUUCAAUCAAGUUCAAAAUUCAACUGGUGGCUGUGAGUUACAUCCCUGAAGUGAGAAUUAUGUCCAUUCCAAAUCUGCGCUACAUGAAGGAGAGCCAAGUUCUGCUGACCCUGACCAACCCAGUGGAGAACGUCACCCACGUCACACUGGUUUCUUGCGAUGAGGAAGAUCCCGAUGACAUCAACAGCACCGCUGGGGUCAUUGUGCCCCGUAAGGAGUUGCUUUUGGCAGGGAAGGAUGCCGCCGCCGAGUAUGAUGAAUUGGCCGAACCUCAGGACUUCCAAGAUGACCCCGACGUUGUUGCCUUCCGGAAAUCCAACAAGAUUGGUUUCUUCAUCAAAGUGAUCCCCCGCAAAGAGGACGACGCGGAUGUCACCGUUUCAUUUAAGAUCCGGCACGACUUCCGGAACCUCACCGCUCCCCUCAGGCCCAGCGAGGAGGGCACCGACGCCUCCGCGGAGCCCAUUUGGCUGACCCACCACGUCGAGCUAAGGCUGGGACCGCUUGUUCCUUGAACCCGUUGACCCAGCAUUUGAAAUCGCUUCUUUUCUGCUUUUUAGGAACAAACAGUCAACAUUAGCUGACUGUUGAUGACGAUUGCAAAGGGGUGGAAAAUUUCCCCCAAAUAUCCAUGGGAAGUUGAGAUGUGGAAUUCUGAAAAAUUUCUAAAUUGGAAACUUUGCCUGGGAAUCAACUUGGAAAAACUUCCAAGCAUCUUUUUUUUUUUUUUUUGUUUUG